AUUCACACUCCCACCCGAAGUAGACAUUUCCGAUUUCAAAACUUCUAGCGACGAUGAAAACAACCCGGAGGACAUUGAAGCUGGAACUCGAAAGAAGGUUCAUAUAGAGCCCACAUGGCCAAUUUAUAUGAAGUUCACAGAUGUGACAUACAAGGUUGUUCUUAAAGGUGUCAGGACAACAGUAGAGAAGGAUAUCUUAAAUGGGAUUACAGGUUCAGUGAAUCCAGGAGAAGUUUUGGCAUUAAUGGGACCAUCAGGCAGUGGAAAGACCACCCUUCUAAGUCUGCUUGGUGGAAGACUAAGUGUCCCUGCUCAGGGUGGCUCUAUUACUUACAAUGAUCAGCCAUAUUCCAAGUCCCUAAAACGCAGGAUAGGAUUCGUAACUCAAGACGACGUUCUAUUUCCUCACCUUACAGUGAGAGAAACAUUAACAUAUGCAGCUCUUCUGCGAUUGCCAAAAAAACUGACAAGACAACAGAAAGAAGAACGAGCCAAGAAUGUCAUCUACGAGCUUGGCUUGGAGAGGUGUCAAGACACUAUGAUUGGAGGCUCGUUUGUGAGGGGAGUUUCAGGUGGUGAGAGGAAAAGAGUGUGUAUCGGCAGUGAGAUUCUAAUCAACCCUUCAGUUCUGUUUCUCGAUGAGCCAACCUCUGGCUUGGAUUCAACGACAGCUCUUAGGAUUGUUCAGAUGUUACAUGACAUUGCUGAGGCUGGCAAAACAGUGGUGACUACAAUCCAUCAGCCAUCCAGCAGAUUGUUCCACAAGUUUGACAAAUUGAUCCUUCUCGGGAAAGGGUGCUUACUCUACUUCGGAAAGGCAUCGGAGGCAAUGGUUUAUUUCUCUUCCAUAGGAUGCUCCCCUCUCAUUGCCAUGAAUCCAGCAGAAUUCCUGCUAGAUCUAGCAAAUGGAAAUAUAAAUGAUGUUUCCGUACCAUCAGAAUUAGAGGAUAAAGUGCAGAUGGGAGACACAGAAACUGAAACAAGAAAUGGAAAGCCAUCUCCUACAGUGGUGCAUGAGUACCUUGUCGAGGCCUAUGAGACAAGGGUGGCAGAGAAUGAGAAGAAGAAACUCAUGAUGCCGAUACCCAUCAACGAAGAAUUCAAGUCGAAGGUAAUGAGAGAAUGGGGGGCAAGCUGGUGGGAACAGUAUUCCAUCCUGUUUCAGAGAGGCAUCAAAGAAAGGCGGCAUGAUUACUUAAGCUGGUUGAGAAUCACCCAAGUUCUUGCCACAGCUAUUAUUUUAGGUUUGCUCUGGUGGCAGUCAGAUGGUACUACCCUGAAAGGACUCCAAGAUCAGGCAGGAUUGCUGUUCUUCAUCUCUGUUUUUUGGGGCUUCUUUCCUGUUUUCACAGCAAUCUUCACAUUCCCUCAAGAGAGAGCCAUGAUAAACAAGGAACGAGCAGUUGACAUGUACAAACUAAGUGCAUAUUUUCUUGCUAGGACAACAAGUGAUCUGCCUCUUGACCUCUUCCUACCUGUACUUUUCCUUCUCGUUGUUUACUUCAUGGCAGGCUUGACAUUGAGUGUUGGCCCAUUCUUCCUAAGCAUGCUUACUGUGUUCCUUUGCAUUAUAGCAGCUCAGGGGCUUGGACUGGCUAUUGGCGCUACGCUGAUGGAUGUAAAGAAGGCAACAACUCUGGCUUCUGUAACUGUGAUGACAUUUAUGUUGGCUGGUGGCUUUUUUGUUAAGAGAGUUCCAGUGUUCGUAACAUGGAUCCGUUAUAUUUCUUUCAACUAUCAUACUUACAGGCUUCUUCUCAAGGUGCAGUACAAUAAUAAAACUCCUUCCAUAUAUGGAACGAAACUGGACUGUGGUCUUACAGAAGUAGUUGCCUUAGUUAUCAUGGUUUUCGGAUACCGUAUUCUGGCAUACCUCUCAUUGCGGAAAAUGAAGCUCUGAUUUUGACCUUCAAUUAGUAAGGAGGAUCAUGAGCAGAGUUAUCAACAAUCAUUAGAAAUCACUUCUUUUCUCACAAUUUUGCUACUCAGUGACUUAAUGGAAAAGGU